CUCGCGAAUCGGACGUGCCGAGUACUUGAGGUAGGGUAGUAUGCAUUAUGCAUGAAAGCCUGGUGUAUCAACACACCUGGUCUGGUUAAUCUGCCCGUCUUGCCCCGCAGCCAGGAGGGAUGCGAUUUUCGGGCAUCCAAAAGAUCCUUGGAAACUGCAUCCUGUUUAAGCAGCCUAUUUCUCGUCAAAGGCUGAGGGCCGCAAGCAGUAUUCUCCAGAUUCAUUCAUCUGACAACAAACCAAAGCCGAAGUUCAACAACAUGGCAGAGAUAUUUGGAACCGCCCUCGCCGCUGCUGGCGCCCUGGAGCAGACUAUUAAAUUGAUCAAACGUAUUCGAUCUGCAAGGAAUAGCCCAAAAGACCUGCCCCCGGUCCUAGAACGCCAUAUGAAAACUGUGGAAGAGACGUUGAAAAUCGUGGAGUUGAUCGAAGACCAGGAGCCGCUCAAAACAGAGAACAUCAAAAGCGUUCUGUUGAAAAUCCAAGAAACGGGCAAGUCUGUGACGGAAUGCCUCCAGGAAAUGAAUGUUGCACUUGAAAAGGGCGGGCUAAAGAAUUUCGUCCACCAGAUGCGUUCUGGGUCUGAUGAUCUUGCACGACUUGAUACGUUGAUGAGAGACUUGGCCUUGUCCAAGGUGGACCUCGGAGUCAGCCUAGAGUUGGUCAGUGUCGGAUUGACAUAUAAGGUCGGCGAGGCCAUUGCUGUGAACACUGCCGUUGUCGAGGACCUGAACAGUCGACUCAAAGCACAGCUGGGCGACCAGUAUGGCCUCAAGCUGGCAACUAUUGUCCAGAACCGGAAAGCCAACGCGGACGGCACCGUUAGCCUCACGGCGGCCGACAUAGCCGAACUGUCGGCCAAGCCUCACGAUUUAGAAUCUGAUGAUUUUGGUACACAUGGCCAGAAGUACAAGAAGCGCAUAAUCAAGGACAACAGGGCGCUCAGACAGGGUUUCAUGCUAAAUGUUCCCGUUGCCGGCGAACAGGACAUAUGGGACCAUAUUGACGAGAUAGAAAUCUCCAACAACCUUGCCGAGGAUGGGGGAACGAUGUUCAAUUAUCCAGUGUCUAAGGAAGUUUUACUGGCUGGACUUGCGCGUCGUUGAUGGGCGACACAACUACCUAUACACUGGGACUGUUCAGCUACAAUGAGGAUUGCGACGGGUUCACUAUCUACCAUCCGGUGCUUUCCAGUUGCAGGGACAAUUGUAUGCAUGUAAGGUUUUGUCUAAUCAUAUAUCGAUGAUUCAAACCC